CAAAGCUUUGCGCCUACACAAGCCAAACAGGUGCUCCGCGCAGCACACGUCGUCCCCGCACGCGCACGGUGCCGCCUGCGACGCAUGCGGCUCCACGUCGCCGCGCGCACGCUCCACAGGACCAUGAGCAGCAAUGCCUUUGAGCACUUAAAAGUCGACAGGCGCGGCGCAUUGCUCGACGUCACGCUGAAUCGACCCAAAAAACUGAACGCAUUAAACCUAGAAAUGGUGCGCGAACUGCAGUCAGCCUUCGACGCCGCCGAAGCGUCCCAAGGCUGCGUCGCGCUUGCGUUGCGAGGUGAAGGUGAGCGAGCUUUUUGCGCGGGCGGCGACAUCGUCGCGGUGCGCGCGGCGGGCCUCGAAGACAAGCCGACGACGCCGUUCUUCCGCGAAGAGUACGCGCUCAACGCGAGGACCGGCGCGCUCCGCGAGUCGAGGGUCGUCCAAUGCAGCUUCUGGGACGGGUUCACGUUCGGCGGCGGUGUUGGGCUCAGCGUCCACGGGAAGUACCGGAUCGCUACCGAGAAGACGCAGCUCGCGAUGCCCGAGGUCGCCAUCGGCCUCUUCCCGGACGUAGGGGCGUCGCUAGCGCUCGCGUCGACACCGGGCCGCGCCGGCGAGUACGCGGCCUUGACGGGCGCGCGGCUGGACGCGGCGGACGUCGUUGCGCUUGGUCUGGCGACGCACUGCGUCGCGUCGUCGUCAAUAGAUGAAAUCCGCGACGCGCUGGCGGCGCUCGACGGCGACCAACCUCCAGCCGCGUUCGCCGACGCCGUCGACGCGACGCUCCGACGCUUCCACGUGGCGCCCGCCGGCGCCCCGGCCGUGCGGGCGCACGCAGACGCCAUCGACGCGUGUUUUUCGGAACCGGACGUCCGGUCCAUACCUGUGUGGAAAUCGACCAGAGCGUCGGGUGCACCGACAAUUCUUCACUAAGUCAUUUCUCGGCGAUGACGCGGCCGUCCUGGCUCCGUCGAGCGGCGAGGAACCGGCACCGCCACGCCAUUGAGCAGGCGUCGCGUCGAUGGCGUGGAGGUCGACGCGAUGAUUCAGCGCGAACGCGCCGUAAAAAUUUGAUUUCCACACAGGUCCAUACUGACUGCGCUCGACGCCGAUGCAUCGCCGUUCUGCGCGGAUGCCGCGGCGGCGAUCCGGCGCGGCUCGCCGACGGCGGCCGCCGUGACCCUCGAGGCCAUCCGCCGCGCGCGCGGUGCCAAGUUGGACGACGUGCUGCGCACGGACUUCCGCGUGAUGACAAAUAUGGUGCGGCCCUCGUCGACGCUCUCGGCGGACUUCUACGAGGGCGUGCGCGCGGCGCUCGUCGACAAGGACCGCUCGCCGGCGUGGCGGCCGGCGCCGGACGACGUGGCCGCGUACUUCGAAGCGCCGGGCGACGGGUUCGAGGAGCUUGUGUUAUGA